AUGACUACUGCUUCUAUGCCGGCCCAUUCUCCUGCUGCUAUUCUGGAGCAUGUGAGGGAAGGCGAAAAGCAGACUUUCGAUCAAUGCUAUGCUCUAAAUGCCCAACUCAUUGAUGCUCUCGAAGGGCUCCUCGACACAAGCAACAAGAACCAUACCGAGACUGAGGAGCUUCGACAGAGAUGCGCCGAACUCGAAUUCGAGAAUGAACAGCUCAACAUCAACAUCGAGCAAGAACGCGAUGUCAGCCAGGGAGUGCUCAGUUGGAUCAAGACCAAUCUGAACUCCGACACCUUUAUCAAGGACGCCAGAUUGGAGAGUCUGACAGCUCACGCAGACCCAGACACGCAGACGGCACUGAACAGGAUUACUGAGAUGGUUACCGACGAUAAAGCCAAAUCAGCUCAGGAUAUCGGUACAUUCCUUGAGGCUCUCUUUCAAUACCACAUCAACCUCAACAAGAGAUACGACGAGAUCAAAGCUCACAACGCUGAACUGGCCAUGGGCACGGAGGUUAGGCCCCUUGCAGUGGCACUGAAACGAGCAUGUAUCGUCCUCCAAGGCGCUAUGAAGUUCAUCUGGGACUAUGUCACAGAAUGCCAACACGCUCUUGAGAACCCGAAUGCAGUUGAGAAUGCCAGAAUCGAUCUGCAGACGCAAGUGGUAUCUGUCACUGCUGGCUACGCGCGUGUACGCUUCAUUAUCGAUAGGUUGUGGCCGAAGAAUAUGGGCAACGUUCCGUACAACUUGGCAUACUACCACCGUCCCGGAAACUCUACCUUGGCGCCAUGGUUCAACGAGUUGAUGUCGAGUGUCAAGAACGAGAUCGACCAGAAUCCCGAGAUAUUUGACGAGUGGGUGAAGGACAUUGCCAAGGGGACAGAAGUCUACAUGGAGAUGUAUCAGAACACUGACUUUGGUAUUCUCCGCCAGUGCGCCAUGUGUGCAUCUCGUUGA